CGCACCGCAGCCGGAGAGCAGAGCUUCAGUCCCGCACGCAGCGCGGAGGAAACGCAACCGAGCUAAACGAAACUCAGACCUGCUUCCUUAACAGAGUCUAUAUAAACCAACCGGCUCUUCUGCAGCCUGAAGGAGACAUGGCAGCAGGGAGGAUGAGGUCCACACGCAGGCUGCGCUCCUGGAUCGUCGAACAGGUGAGCAGCGGUAAAUACCCGGGGCUGGUUUGGGACGACGACAACAAAACUAUGUUCCGCAUCCCGUGGAAACACGCCGGGAAACAGGACUUCCGUAAAGACGAGGACGCCGCCAUCUUCAAGGCGUGGGCAGAGUUCAAGGGCAAGCUGACGGACGGGAGUCAGGACAACCCGGCGUCCUGGAAGACCCGACUGCGCUGCGCCCUCAACAAGAGCACCGAGUUCACGGAGGUGAUGGAGCGGGCGCAGCUGGACAUCUCCGAGCCCUACAAGGUCUACCGCCUGGUGCCCAUCAGCGAGCAAGGUGUGGUGGUUCCUGAAAAGAAACCCAGAGUGAAGGCCGUGAAGAGGCCGAGGAGGAAGAGGAGGAGGAGCAGCAGCGAAUCAGAGAGCAGCGACGCCGACGAGGUGAAGCAGAUAAAGACGGAGGAGGUUUCCUCUCAGCUGGGUGUUGAAGAUGUUCUGCUGUGGAGCGACGUCCCGGUCCAGACUGAAGAACCGGCUCAGCACAUCUCCACGGUGCAGAGAGACCUGGUCGAUGAGAUCAGGUUGGACGUUCGGAUCGAGGAGAGCGUUGAUCCUCCAGCAGGAGCUCAGGACUCCUUCAACGUGGUGGUUCACUAUUUAGGCCACGAGGUUCUGAAGCGUCAGAUCCAGAGCAGCGAUGUGCGGGUCAUGUACUCAGCUUCCUCUCACGCUCCGCCGACGCCGGCCGUCCUGAAGGGCCGCUUCCCUCGCAUCCUGCUGCCGGAGCCGCCGUCCACGCUGCCGGCCAGCCCGGAGCGCCAGGCCCUGCUCACCCUGCUGCCCUUCAUGGAGAGAGGGGUGGUGCUGACCGCCACGCGGCAGGGCGUCUACGGCAAACGCUUCUGCCAGGGGCGGGUCUUCUGGACGGGGCCGCACGGGGCCACGGCCGGGCUGCACAAGAUGGAGAGAAACACGGAGCCGGUGAUGCUCUUCAGCAAAGACGCCUUCAAGCAACAACUUGACCUCUUCCGGUUGAACGGCGGCGACCCUCCUCACUGCGGCGUCACUCUGUGUUUCGGAGAAGAGCUGAGUAACUCUGAAGACCCGUCUGGAAAACUGAUCAUAGUUCAGAUCAGCUUCCCGUGGGCGGAGCAGCAGGUCCAGAACAUCCAGUCCAUCUUUCAGUCCAUCAACAUCCUCCAGUCUCUGGCCAGUCAGUCUCCACUGGGAGAAAUAACUCUGAACCUGGUCUCCGUUCCGACAGCGGACUCCGAGACCAGCACCUGUGGGACCGUCUGA